CGUGGUCCACUUUGUCAGACAGCUAGUGGAAGGACUUGCCUACCUGCACGAGAGAAAUAUCGCCCAUUUGGACAUCAAGCUCCUGAAAUUUUGCACUACGAACCGAUAACAUUAGCAGCCGAUAUGUGGUCGCUGGGUGUAACAACUUACGUCCUUUUGACGGGCUUCUCUCCAUUCGGUGGUGAAACCGAUCAAGAGACCUUUCAAAAUAUAUCUUUGGGUGAGGUGGACUUCCCCGAGGAACUCUUCGAGGACGUUUCCGCUCAGGCGAAGGAUUUUGUGGCCAAACUUCUCGUACUCAAUCCAAGUACACGGAUGACAGCAAAGCAAUGUAUGAGACACGAAUGGUUACGAGGAGCCCCAACCCAAGCAUCGCCACAUCUACGCCGAUAUUUGUCAAAAUCACGAGAAGUUCUUCUAGAAAGAGUAGUAAGCAGAGAAAAUCUUAGGCGUGCUGCUCUUUUAAGCCAAGCUAGUAGUAAUGCAAACUUGUCUGAACCUGAUCAAAAUCAAGGUCUCAAUUGCAACCUUAGUCAGAGUGAGAUGUGCUUAAGUUAUGGUCUGACCGGAAGUCGAGGAAGCUUAGCAGGAAGCGAGGGUUACAUGAGUCCAGCUGACUCUCAAACAAGUCUCAAUUCAUCUCAAACAAGUCUAGCUAUGAGCCAGAGUUGCCUAUUGAACAAGGAACAAACUCAAGGUCUACUUACUCAAGCUCAAAGCAAGUCUCAGGCAAACUUGAAUCUUGGCGCCAGUCGAGGUUUGCUUUCGAGGAUGAGGAGCAUGAAUCAAAUUCAGUCUCAGGCUUGUUUGCUGAAGGGGAAUAAGGGAUCUGGAAAAGAGAUACUAAGUCCCCUCUUCGGUAGAUCAAGAGAAAAGCUCUAUGGGCUCAAAAGUCUAUCCAAGUCUCAGGGGGUUUUGGAUAUUUAUAGAAGCUUGGAGUGCCUGAGACAGAGGAAGAAGAAUCAGCGAGCUCAAACAGAGGACAUUCUUCCAAUAUUUAAACAACUCAGUACUCAAAUAGCUGCUUCAAAUGCUUCAUUAGUAUCUUCUUGCGACAUGGACAAUAAUAAAAAGAAUACUUUUGCAUUACAAAACUCUGGCGCUACGUUUGUGAGUCUGAUGAAUACAAAUUCCGGUUCUGUGGAAACUCCUUGUGUACAUGGAGCAAAAAGUUCUGAAACAAAAAUUACAGGAAUAGCCAAAGUACUGGAUAAAAGCGGAGAUAAUUUUAAAAGGCCAGAAGCUCAAGGAAGCAUUAUUCAUUGCAAAGAAGAAAUAAAAGAAGCGGAAGUAAGAUCGAUGCAGAGAGAAAUAAUACGAGAUAGAAGAGAUUCUGAAAGAAAAUCGGAGCGUAAACUGCAUGAUGUUCCGAAAAGUCUAACUUCAGGAUCGGAAGAGAAUCUUGACUCCUUACAGUCGACCGAGUCCGACACUUUGACGGAAGAUUCGGAUGAGACAGCGCCAGAUCGAAACUCAUUAACAGUCAAACAACCUUGUCACAGACAGCACUCUGACCUUUCUAAUCACUCCAACAUUUCAGCAAAUUCAGACGAUAAAGACGAUCAUUCAGAUUGCGAAAAUGAUGAGCCUAAAUACUCAGUUGCUCAACUGGUUUCAGCAUUCAACAAACACCAAGAAGUAGCUUCAAAAACGAGUCUAGAAGCUAUUAUGACUGAGAAGAGAGUAAACGAAGUCACCUUUCCUACUGGACAUAGAGCCUUACGACUCUUCAUCCCAGACAUCAAUAUCACCGAGAGAGGCAUCAUUCGUCGAAAAACAAGUUACAAACCAAGAAAGAAUUGGGAGGAACUAAGGAAACGAAGUGAAAAAAACGAAGGAAUUUUCAAAGACUUUGACAACGACUCUGGAAAUGAGUACGACGAAGAAGAAUUUGAUGGGAGCGAGUCCAGCCAAGGUCACAAGGAAGGUAAGACUGAAGAAGAAACCACUCUAAUGGAAAUUAAAACCAGUCAUGAUCAGCAUUCAGAAAAUCAGAAAAAUGAUCAAAGAUUUUAUUUAGCUGAUAACGAGAAAAUGGAUCAAGAUUUUCGACAAGACUGGUCGACCUUUGAUAGCAACCAAGUUAGGAUUACAAUCGACGGUCCCAGUUUCUUGGAGGAACCAGCAGUCCAGAGUAAUCUGGAUACUAGGAUUGAUCAGAAGUACAAGCAAUGUGUAGAUGGUGUUAAGGCAACAAAAAGCAUGAAGACUGAUAAGAUGGAGAAAGCGGACAACUUGGUGAAGACAGACAAGUUGGAAAAGAUAGAAAAGGUAGAGAAAACAGAGCAGAUAGAAAUGGCAGAUAAAUCACCUAAAACAACUCGUACAAAGGCCAACUCACUUUCCUAUCAAAAGGAAAGAGUUGCCAACUACAUCUUUCCAGAACUUCAAACCACCUCACGCUCAAAAAAGGAUGAAUGUGACAAAGUAUAUAGUAAGUCUACACCCAAAGUAAUUACCGACAGUAGUGUGAACCUUAAGGACAUCUUACAAAAGGUCGAUAACUUUCAAACAACACCAAAAGAGAAUUUGGAAAACCUUCGCAAAAGGACAUCAAUUGCGAAGAUCAUUCUGAACGAUAAUCUCAUCUUAGACAGCGACACAAACAAUAAUGGAACUAAUUCUCCAACAAAUAGCAGACUUAGAUUCGAAACACCUAGCUGCCUUGAAGAAGAUAAUGCUGCGCUAGAAGUUCCUCCAUCUUUUGUAAGAUCUUCAUCUCUCUCGAGUGACGGUAGUUGCCCCACACCCUCUAGUGCUCAAACGGACAUUGGUAUGUCCUGGGAAGAUGUUGACGCAAAUCGUGGCUCUAGUACUUCUCUGGAAAAGGAAGAAAGCAGGCCUGCUCAAAAGAGGAGUCAGAGUUUGCGGGCUGAUAUACAAAAACCGGAAAUUAGUAAACAGGAAGGGAAAAGCAGAUCGAAUGCGAAUUUGCAUGACAGGAAAGUCUGGGGUAAAGUUUGCACGGGCUCCUAUACCAGAGCUAUGGAGAAAUUCAACGGUAAAAGUGCAGAAGCAAACCGGAAAGGCUCGCUUUUCAGCUCUUCGCACCAGACGGAAAAAAUCAGGCGAAAGAGCACUCCUGUUAUGCCGCAAUUGAUCGACCCUUAAGGAAAUAUUUUAAAAGGGUGUUCUUGCGAAUUUUUUUACAAAACGAGAAUUUUUAUGGUAACUUAAACAGAAAAAACGUUCUCAGACAUUGGUCCGUCAAAAAGAAUUUACUUUUUAAAACCUUAAUGCAAUUUCAUUAGGAUUUGACGUCUUUAAUCAUUUUUUGAUACUGGAAUUUCUCCAGCGUUAUACUGUGCGCCUAAAGGUGUGGCGGAAACAGGGAGAUAAUACACGCAAACUGAUUUUUUUUAAAUAAUAAAAAAUUUUCUUUUUUCCAUUAUUUUUUAGUGAUAUUCCACAUCCAGGUAAUUUUUUUACUAAAUUGCGAAAUUGUGUUGAAACUUCAUUCACAAUUUGCUAUUGAAUGCAAUCACUUUCAUGUGUGGUAUGCGUGACUCGUUGAGAAUGAAACUCAGUCUGACUUUUUUCAAGUUCUUUUUCAUUGUGGUUAUAUAAGCUCAAACAUCUUUCUCUUGUACGUGAAUGUAUGUCUUUAACUCAAUUAGAGUUAAAAUAAGAUAGUAUCCACAUAGUAUCCUUUCCGUAACUUGCAAUAAAAGUCAACAGAAAUAAGUAAGUAGCAUAUGCUACUUCAACGAUUAUCGAUGUGCAUUAAGUCAUCCUCAGCAGGCGUUAAUGACUUUCUAACGGUAAUUUGAACGUAAAAUCAUAAUUGCAAAAAUUAAAAUAUUCAUCUUGAUGUUUGUAUUGAGUUUUUGCAAGUUAUGGAAAAGAUACUAUAAAGAUCCUAUAAGGAUACACUGUAGCGUAUCCGUUGCGCUCACCCGGUCUGCUAGGGUAGUUACCAUUCUUUUGAAAAAUGAAACUGAAUACUCAUUUAGAGAAGUAAUAAUAUUGAACAUGAGAACCAAUUCUGAUUCAUUUGAUCAAUAUUAGUUAUUCAGUCAUGUAAAACAUUACAGAACUAUUAACAUGCAAUAGUUUAAACAAAGGAAACGUUAAUCUGUACAUUAUUUGUAAAUGCAUUCCUAUACGUUUCUUUCAAUACUGUGAGUUGUUACAAAUUCGUAUACAAAAAUAAAUAAAUACUGUCAUAUGUGCGUAUGUUACCUUUUAUAUAUAAGAUUCUUUUUAACAUAGGAUAUUUAAGAAAAGUAUAUAUGGGGAGAAUUAUUAGUACGCAAUCGGAGUUUUCAUUAAACCUACAAUUAAAAAGGUACGUAGUCUUCAUACUCACGACUUUCAUUAAACUUGGAAGUAAAAUUUUUGGCAAUGAAAAAUAUUUGUGUAAUGAGAAGGGGAUAUAAUGUAUGAGUAUUAUAAUAACGGCAAUAUAUCUUGAAAUGUAAACAUCA